UUUAAUUUCUCAACCGGCAGUGACGUCAGCCCGUCAAUUGUACGCACAGUGCGCAAACUGGCAGAAGCCACUGCAGGACACUCUUAAUGUUCUCCCGAAACGAUGUGUCAACCACCGGACAGAGGAUAAACACGAAGCUAAACCACGAGACAGGUCAGGCGCACCACUUAGACUAUUUGAACAUUACUGUCAUGAUGGGGGAAACGUAAGCUAAGCUAGGAAGCUGUUAGCUAGUGGUUUGCACUGCAGAAGAAGAGGAUACAGGGGCUAAAUGGAUAACCAUGGCAACAGCAGCAGCAGGAGAAGCGUUGAGCAGCAGCUUACGACAGCGAUAUAAACACUGAACACAGACCGGGAAGGCAUCAUACAUCCGCCGACCGAAAGGCAAGUGUCGCUGCAGGUUGUAAAGCCACAGCCUUGUGGAUAUUAAUUAGACAGUGGUGGACACUGGGUAUUGCGUGGAGAUUCUCAGCGCAUCAGUGAGCAAGGGGAUGACCUGGAACAUAUCAUGUCUGAAGUACAGGGAACGUUGGAGUUUUCUGUAGAGCUGCACAAGUUUCACAAUGUGGAUCUCUUCCAGAGAGGAUUCUACCAGGUCCGAGCAGGGCUMAAGGUCUCUCCUCGUGUACCACACAGGUUGAUAGCAACAACACCAGGGAAUGCAGGUGACUGUAGUUUCAGCUCUGCGGCGGUCCAUGAUGGGGUCCAUGAGGACACUACGGUGUUCAGCCGGAUCUUCCAGAUCCUCUACCGAAACGAAGAGGUCAACGUCGAUGACCGCAUGCUCUUCAAGGUCCACUUGUUGCUGGACGGGGAGAGGGUUUGCCCGUACAGGAAGAGUUCCUGGUUGGGGAAGGGACUCUGCAGAGGAACCAAUGAGAACUGUCUUCAGAGAGCUCACACGUGGCAUGGUAGACUCUGUCYCCUCCUACUGGUGGUACACKGAGGCGUACGCUCCUACUACACCACUCUGAUGAAGGAGAUACCACAGCUGGACCAAGUGGAAAUAGAGGAGCUACCUGUGGAAGAAACAUUAAAUCAGCUCACAAUAGAAUUACAGCUGCAGGSGGGCCAUGAGAAGGUAGCAGAACAGAUCAGUAGAGAUCUCACCCUGCUCUGCUCCCAGCUGUCGGCUUUGUGGACCCGCUUCCUGGAGGCUGCCGUACCCAACACACAUAUCCUGGCCCACCUGGCCCAGGAACACCACACACUCAGGGUCAGGCGGUUUUCAGAGGCAUACUUCUUCACAGAACACCCCAAAGAGACAUCCCUGACAUUUCAAGAGGACCUGAUCAACAGACACGGUCAGAUAGCUGUGGAGGUGCGUAACUCCAACUACCUGACCAGGAUGCCACCGUUACCUGUAGAGUGCCUGGACAUUGACGGAGACUGGAACAGCCUGCCUAUCAUCUURGAAGACAGAUAUGUAGAGUCUCCACGGACAGAUUGGGGAUCAUAUGCACCAACACAUCUGCCCACCAGUGAGCAGACCAUCCCCAAGCCUCCUGUCAAUGAUGCAAACAUUAGUCUUCCUGCCCUGGACCAGCUCGCCAGCUCACCAGCAAUACCAACCCAGGAGCCUAAAGACAGUGAGGCUACGUACAGGUCUCUCAUAGGAGAGCAGAGCACCAGCAUUAUUACUGACAAGAUAGGUUCUCCAUCUAUUGAGACUCCAGACCCAGACCAGGCAGGAACAGACCGGGGAGAGCCAGUCCAGCCAGGGGAUCCAGAAGAGCAGACUGAGACAGAGGAGAUCUCAGAGGAGAGCCCUGGUUUAGGCCUGAGGUUCCUUACAGUCAGACCCACUGAUGUGGAUCUGUUCAGAGGAGAGGCAGUGCUGAUGUUCUCCUCCAACCACAAACACUGUACAGACCCACAACAUACUUCUAACAGUGAAGACACGACUUGGAAAGACUUGGAGAACCACCAGGACAUCAUCACACAGAGAUACCAGAACAUUAUCAGUACAGGAAUUGACUUGGAUGUAGAAGAGAAGGACGUUGCUAUAGACACCGACAGCAAGGAUGUUCCUCUGAGCAGUCUAACCACUAACRCCCAGGCUCCACUCAAAGAUCAUCCCCUCACGCCCCCUCUACCUACAGACCUGAGGAGAGAACUGGCCAACCGAGGGGUGGGGGUUGGUGGCUCCAAGAUCCUAAACCGCUCCCCCUCCGUCAUCUCCGACUCUGGCAUCGAGAGCGAGCCCAGCUCGAUGGCCUGGCCCCUGGACGUUUAUCGGACGGGAGGAGGGCGCCCUCUGGAAGAGAGCCUGGUACUGCAGCGCCUGGCGAGGAGACACCCGGCCCACCGCAGUUCCCUGGAGGGRCUGCAGACAGAGAGCGGAAACAGCGGGGGCAGCCUGCCCAGUGGAGGGGGUGGCAGCGCUGGCAUCCAGGCCUCCCUCACCUCCAUCUCCUCCCUGCCCUACGAGGACGACGAGGAACAGAGGAACCAGCUCAGUAAACUGACCAAGUCUGUCUCAGCUCCUCAGAUCUCCAGCCCUGAGGACACAGAGGAGGACAAGGGGGGAGCGGAGGAGGAGGUAGACACGGAGAGCGAGGGGACCAGCGGGUACCAGGACCAYGAGGAUGGAUACACUACCAUCUCCACUGCUGCCACUAAUGUAACGACUGGGGGUUUGAUCAGACACCUGGAGUCCUUAUCCGAGGUUAACCACUCCUCUCUGGAGGACAUCCAGGAGGGAGAGCUGCCUGAGGUUGGUCUGUUUGACUGGGGAGCAGCUCCCUCACCACCCCAGCAGGUGACCAGAGCUCAUCAGGAGAGUGGUUGUGAUCUUAAAGAAACUCUUAGAUCUAAUGAAUCUGCUCUGCCAGAGGCCCUGUCAGACACUCAGGACAUGAAGGCAGUCUUAAGUGGCAUUAGUCGAGUUCCUGAAGUCUUGUUGUUCCAACAGUAUGUUGAAGGUCAUGAUGACGUGAAGGAUCCAGCUAUAGUCCGUCAGAUGGAGGAUAAGAACCAUCACAGAGYAGAUAGCAGUGGUGUGUUAAACUCAGUUGACCCAGGUCUCUGUGAAGUAGAGAUUGCCCCCUGUACCUGUGAGACCAAACCCUGUGAACAUGACAGCAGUGUGCUGGUGGAUGAUGUGAAGGAUAAUCCAGUCAGGGAUGACUGUCAGAGUCUCCAUCAGAUUGGGUUGAACGACCUUGUUGACCAGGAACGGCUGGAUCAUCACCAGACUCCGUCCCAGAGCCUCCAUCGGGUCGGGUUGCGUGACCUAGUGGUGGUCUCACAGAGGAAGAGCCUCCAUGACCCCAGGCCUAUCCCCUCUAUCCCCAACCACACAGAGAGACCCAUCCACCUCCUAGGCCUUAUUGCCAAUGAUACUGCCAGGCCUGAUGACCUCAUAGGGCUCCCGGCCAAUGAGAGAGAGCAGCUGGAUCUCAACGGUCAGACCAAGCCGGCUAAGAUCCCCAGUAGCUCGGGGUCAGGGACGGGCUCGGGGUCAAGCUCAGGGUCAAACUCAGGGUCAGGCCUAUCCUUUAUGAACAGGAAGAUGGUGGAGGUGGUGAAUAUGUCUGUGUCCUGCGCUCCGACCUGUCUUCCCUUCUCCUCCGUUGURCGGGACUCACCGUCCAUUAGCGGCAUCUCCACUCGACAAGCCGCAUCCCCCAUUACCCAUCAGCCCCUGGGCUCCUUCGGCAUCAUCUCUUCAUCCUCGUCCAAUGCCCUGGGGCCAGAUGACGAAACAAARGAGAGGAUGCUGCAUUUCUACAGGUCCAAAGAGGAUCUGGUGAAGGAGCUGGUAUUCCAGGCAACCCUGUACAGUGACCUCCCUCACCUGGCCUCCGACCUGCCCUACUUCCCCCCUGAGGAGGAGGAUGAGGAGUUUGAGGAUGGCAUACACCUGGUCGUCUGUGUCCACGGCCUUGAUGGCAACAGUGCAGACCUUCGCCUGGUGAAGACCUUCAUAGAGCUGGGAUUACCAGGGUCCAGACUGGACUUCCUCAUGUCUGAGAGGAACCAGACUGACACGUUUGCAGAUUUUGACACCAUGACGGACAGGCUACUAGACGAGAUUAUCCAGCACAUUCAGCUGUACAACCUCACCAUUGGACGGAUAAGUUUCAUCGGUCACUCUCUGGGGAACGUGAUCAUCCGGUCUGUUCUGACGAGGCCUCGGUUCCGCUGUUACCUGAUCAAACUGCACACCUUCCUGUCUCUGUCCGGACCACACCUGGGAACGCUGUACAACAACAGCACGCUGGUCAGCACAGGUCUGUGGCUGAUGCAGAAGCUGAAGAAAUCCGGAUCGUUGCUGCAGCUUACCUGCAGAGAUCAUACCGAUCCUCGGAAAACUUUCCUCUAUCUCCUCAGCCAGAAACCAGGGCUCCAGUUCUUCAAGAAUGUGGUGUUGGUGGCAUCGCCUCAGGACAGAUAUGUUCCCUUCCACUCUGCCAGGAUAGAGAUGUGCAGGACUGCACUCAAAGACAGGACCACAGGUCCAGUGUACACAGAGAUGAUCAACAACCUGCUCCAGCCGUUGGUGGGGGCUAAAGACUGUCGUCUGAUUCGCCAGAAUGUGUUCCAUGCCCUGCCCAACACCGCCAACACUCUGAUUGGCCGAGCCGCUCACAUCGCCGUGCUCGACUCUGAACUCUUCUUGGAGAAGUUCUUCCUGGUAGCAGGGCUCAACUACUUUAAAUAGAACUUCAAACUACUUAAAACAGUAUUUCAAACUACAUUAAAGGGAUACUUCAGGAUUUUGGCWWUGAAAUCCUUUAUCUACAUCCCCAG